AUGGAGGAAUCGUCACCACGCCAGAAUCAGCGAUUAUUGUCGGUUACUCCCGGUCAGAAUCGGCAGAUGGUUGGUACGGUGGAGGAAAUGUCCAGCGGCAGCACCAUCACGACCUCAUCGCAAUCGACGGACGGACGGGAACUGCGGACGACGAGAACGUACGACCGCAGCAUCGAUUCGAUGCUGCGGUCGUCGGUCGGGGUUGGUGCAUGUGUGCGUGGUGCGUGA